AUGACUUACGAUAUCAAGAUAUCAAGAAAGUGUUAUAUCAUAGAGAUAGAGAGUGAUAGGAUAUUCCAUAUCAACGUAACGAUAUUAUUUCCUAUAGCAAUCUUUCCCUUUGCUCUUGCCACUGAUCAUUGGACUUGUGGUAAUAAUCCACGAGCGCCGAACGGAGCCUUGUCAGGCAGUGGUGUUUGCAAUCAUUGGGUAAAUGGAAACAUAGUUGCAACACAGAGAUGUAGUGGUGUUAAUCAAAUCAAUAGAACUUCCCAUGUUUUGAUCCUGAUCACGGUUGUUGGCCAGGCGCAGACAAUCAUGGUGGCACUCUUGUUGCGCACUGUUGCUCACCUCCUACCAAUAAUGGGUAUAUGCACUGUGGUUCCAUUCCUUAUUAAAGACGUUUGA